UCGGUGGGGUCAACUCGGGUCAUGUGGAAUAUUGCGGCGAAAGAGGAGGGGCACGACCAGGAAUGCAUGUGGGAUAGGGGAUUUCGCCUUAUUUUGCCGCCUGGCCAUUGAAAGUAAAACCAAUAACAGAAUGACGGGAAUGAAGUGGAACGAGGUGUGGCGCCUACCGUUCGUUGGGGACUUGGAAGAACUCCCUUUCAAAGAUGACAAGGUCUGUGUUGUUGGUAUGUUUGGAAAGAGUCAAGUCGGCUAUGGCACCAAGUCUACCACCAUCAACACAAUACUGGAUCGGGAGGUUUUCCCCUUACACUGGCCAGAUGGAGCUGGGCUCCAAUCUCAAGAGGAGACCUACGUAGAAGCCUUCUACGACAAAUCCAAGAAUGUCAUAUACCUGCACCUUGUCUCCGUAUUUGACACUUCCAUGCUGGUUUCUUUGUGCACAAACUUGGAUCAGGACUUACCGUACGCAGACGUCCACAAGUUCUGGCGAGACCAGGAGCUGCAACAUGCCAGAGGCCUGAUUUUCUUGUUCCAUGUUUGCCACAUCCUGGUAGCACUGCACCCCACGUGUACAUUUGACAUGAGCUACGGACAGCUCCUGAGAACAGUAGAUAGUGUCCGUCUCAAGAUGCUCCCAAUCCUCCAGGAUGUCCUUCGCGAUGCACCGGUUGGAGCAGAGUGGAAAAGCGCCGGGCGGUCCUGCACACCCAGGCUGCUGUUCGUGUUUCAGAAGUCCUGCUUGCCAACAGAGUCAGAAACACGUGCAGAGAGUGGGAAAAGUAAGGGUACCAAGCACUCACCCAAGAAGAGACUACAGCCCCGCAUUGAGGAUCAGAUUUACAGAAUCUUUCGAAAGAGUCGUCUCCUCACCAACCAGAGCAAGGAUUGCUUAUUCACCGUCCCACCUAACCAGACCUUUGUUUAUAUCCAGUCAGGAGAUGGUCCUGUAGAUGCCAUAACUAAUCUUCUCUCCAACCUGCAUCAGAACUGUGCCAUGGGGAAGGAGGCAGAGGCCCCUGCAUCCAGAAGCUACCAGAUGUCCAGACGGACCAAUCAGUCUGCCUUGAUGAAUCCUCCCAGCAUCCUUCUGCCCACUAAACCUAAUGGUGCAGACGACUCUCUGCUGGGUUUCCUGUGGCAGCACAUCGACCUUGUGCUUAGUGGGAAAGGAUUCGAUGACAGUGUUGGCAGGAAUCCACAACCGUCACACUUUGAGCUUCCCUCGUACAAGAAGUGGCUAUCUGUGUGCAAUACGUUGUAUGAGCUGCUCCUGACGGAAGCUGGGCAACACGCAAAGGUUCAGGGCUGCCUCGAGACCAUGGGCAGUUCCCUGGACGUGGAGACAAAGUUCUCUGACAGUCGCUGUAGCAAGGUGCUGCCCCUGGCCAGCAGUGCUUACCAGAACAGCCUGCCCUCUCACUACACCAGUAAAGUACACAACAACCAGCUGGCUCAGGCCAUGAAAGUGUUUAAGCAGCAUGCACAUGGGCCGGCAUACGAGCACUAUGUACUCCAGCUACAGGAGGACUGCGAGAAGUUCUGGGCCAACGGGCGUCAGUUGUGUGAGGAGAGGAGCCUGACAGGACAGCACUGUGUGCAUCCAUUCCACACUCUGCCCAAACCUGGCCAGCCAGCAGACCCGGAGCCCUCGGACAGCCAAGUUGUGCCCUGUAUGCCUCACAACAGCCGCGCCCGCUCCCUGUGUGCCUGCAACUGUGGCCGCAAGCAGGCCCAGAGAGACGAUCCAUUUGAUGUCAAAGCAGCUAACCAUGAUUUCUUCCACCUGAUGGAAGAGAAGUGCUGCUCCAGUCUGGAGCACAUCUCGUUCCCAGUGUUCCAGAGGCAGCCACAAGGGACUCCUGGUGAAGAGGUGGCCCCCACGCCCGAGGAGGACCCCCCUCCCACAUUUCAGCCCGAGGUGUCGAUCAAAACUGACACAGAGCCAAGCAAGAGGAAGGACUCAGUCCUGUCAUCUGCAACAACGACUGCCAGCGGAGGCCUUAGCUUGGCUCUCAGCUUAGGUCAGUCAGGAGGGAGCGACAUGUUCGUGAGCAUGCUGCAUGCUGACCAGAACUCGGACAGCCUGGCAGCUGUGGGCAUGGACAGCAUGAUGGCUGCAGACUCUCAGCAGCAGGAGGCUGAGGCUGAGAAGACAUCACAGUUGGUCCGGCAGCCAUCUGUAACAGAGUCUCUGCCUGGCAUGCUGCACUCUGACUGCCCACCAGGGAUCCUGCCCAAGUUCUCCUCCUGGGAGCUGGUCUCGCUGGGCCCUGUCAGCCAGUACUAUCCCAGCAUGGGGCUGGAGCAGCCAGGGUUCAUACAUGGCAGCAACUUUCUCCUGGCCUGGGAUAUACCUAUCCACACUGAACGGCCACAGCAAGGAGAUCAAGCAUGGCCGGCUCCAGGAGAGUCUCAGAGUGUACGGCGCUCUAUCCCGCAUGGCGGCAAGCCGCGCAGGGGGGCAAAAGACUCUGACUCCUUCGUACGCGUAUACGUCGGGUACGAGUACGAAUGUGCUCGUGGACACCGCUUCCUGUGCAGUGGCCCUGAUAAGGUGAUGAAGGCGUCCAAUUCUGGAUCUGUGAAGGAAACAGCAAUGAAGCUGCUGAGUAUGGACAUGCCUCUGUACUUCCCCUGCCCAUGUCCAUCCAGAGGUGCCAAGCCCCACCUGGGUCAGCUGAUGAGAGUCUUCAUCACCACACCUGACCCCCCCGUACAGAUCCAUCUGCACCCCCGGCUGCAGCCCGGCCCCCCUCCCUGUCCCACCUUCUACCCCCAGGACGAGGACAUCCCCCUGCCCCCCUCGCGGCUGUGGGUCCUGCGCCUGCCGUUCGUGUACGUGGGAGAGGCGGGAGUGAUCUCCCCACCGCGGGACUCCCAGCCCUUACUCAGCUGUAAGGUGCUGAAGGGGCUGCUGAAGGCCACCAUUGUGGAGGAGGGAGACUGAUGCUGCUUGGAAGUCUCUUGUCACAUGUCACUGUCAACCCAUGUUGAGAGGGUUAUUGGCAGGAUGUAGCAUUAAGAGCAAAGCAUGAGAGAACAGCUGUUAUGCACUUGUCGCUUUCACUGAUGUACACAAAGUACAAAAGCAAGGUUUGUGACGUACUGGAUUUCAAAGCUGAUCAACAAGUUAGUGAGAAGAGAAAUGUAACAGUUGUGGCACAGAUGGACCCUGUUCUGAUGUUAUUUCUUGUAAUCCAUCUUUUAUAUCUCGGAGGAGCAUACUGUCAGUCUGCAAUGUAACACUAACAAAGAGAUCCUACUAUUAGCAAUAGAACUAGGAAAUGUUGGCUGAAUGGAAGCCUACUACUGGUAUUGCCUGGGACUGUUAUGGGCAACAUAAGCAGUGUUAUGUUACAGCUACCUAGAAUGCAAAGAUUUGAAUGAAA